AUGAGCGACGACGAGUACGAUGACACGCCAGUGACUCAGGCACAGAUUCCCACGCAGAACGGACACUUCAGUAAUAGGAGGCACGGAGUCGCGGGCUCGAGGCAAAUCACUGUGCCACAGGACGUUGCGUCGAAAGCGCCAGAGAACGACAGUGUGAACGGACGAAACCUUACCAAUGGCCAGGCACGCUCGAUCAAGAAACGCGAGCUCGCUGAGAAUGGAGGCCGUGAUGGUAGCUCGGCGAAGAAGCCGUGCCUCGAAGGAGACUCCGAAGAGCCAUCCGCAGCACAGUCUCUGCUUCAGAAUGUGGACAAUCUCACGCAGGAGAAGAAGUUUGUACCAGAGCGAAUUCAGCAUGCAUCACAGGUGAACCAGAGCGUUCCGUCUGCAAUCCGUUCCAUUACCAGCAGGCAAGCACACUGCCCGCUUGAUCAGAAGUCAAUACUGGAAUCGUCUGGCAUUGAGUGCCCUCCACUGCCGGGUCACGACAAGCGACCAGGGACAAUGCCUCAGAAGCUGUUUGAGCUUUUCACUGCACAAGCUGACCAAGCAAGCAGCGCGUCAAGGCUAUCAAGUGGCCAUAUCACUGAAGUCAAACUUCCAGCUCACGAACAAGCAGAGCAAGCGGAAGAGGAAGAGGACGAUCUGCCGACCCAACAGGUGUCUGGUAGUCAGUGGCCGGCGAGUCCAGACUAUGCGGCCAGGGUCGCACCCGCGAUUGAAGCAGCCCAGUCUCCUGAAUCGUCUCCGAUAUCUUCUGCUCCUUCCUCCGCAAAGCCACUCCGUACACGCAUGCAAGGUCUUCCACCAGACAGUCCACCGGCUGCGGGCCAAGAAGCUACCUCAGCAUCCUCCGUCGAUCUCGAGCCUUCGCGUAGCGGUGAAAACGCGCUAAUUGCGCAGCCUUCCAAGGAGAGUGCUAGUACGAAGGACCAGCAGUCGAACCUGCCGACGCCUUCAAGUGAUUCGGUAGAAGACGUAGACACGUCCGCUUCUGACGAGGAAGCAUCGGAUGCACUUUCGAUCAUGGAUCUAGAUCGGCCUCACGCAUCAGCAUCGGUUCCGGUCUCACUGCCCGCCUCUACUUCAGGCACGAGAAAGCCUGUUGAGGUCGAGAGGACACCAUUUCCCGGCAAGCAGAUUCAUCGCAGGCAGGAAAUGGUGCCUGGGUCCACCUUCGUGCCGUCCACUUAUGCGGAUGCUAUCAGAACGGUGCACACCUCCGAUCCACUGCCGGAGAUGUACAGCUCCGACUCUGAGAUUUCUAACAAACGAAGGCAAGACCGACAAGAGUAUCACAAUACACAAAGAUCAACCCAGAUGGGAUCCCAGGCAAAGGACAAGGACCAAGAUGCCGUUCAGCACGAGCGAAAGAUGCAGGAGCAUCGUGAGUGGCGCCGAAAUCUGCUGAAACCAAUAACAAAAGUGCCGACGCAAUCGUCGCAGCCUCAGGUGAUGGCGGAGGAGACUCUGGUUGUCGAGACGAGUACAGAAAGUCGGGUUGAUGCAAAGUCGAAAUCCGCAGACGAAACAAGUGUUCAGGAAUCAUUCCAGCCUUCCACAGAAGCAAGAGCCAAUACGUCCCAGGUGAAUGGCAACUCAUCGAAGAGUCAUCAUGAAGCAGCCCGGCCUAGCUCACCUCCGGCACGUCCCGCACAUCCAAGUCAGCAGACUAGUCUCAGAUCUACGACCAGAGUUCCAUCGAUAUCGGCCCACCAUGGCGUUCCCACCUCCUACGGGGCACUGUUCGAGCGCUUCAAAGCAGCGUACAGCGAUUAUGGAGGGACGGUGAAGCAUUUUGCAAGUGCCUGUGAGAUGUUGGCAAAGCCUAAUGUUGCUACGCGUGUUCACCGAUCGUUAAUGGACGACUUUGUGUUCCACUACGCCAAUACCUUCCUGCCGUAUGUGAUUGAGAGCGCAGCUUCUGGCGAAGGCUCCAUGCCAUAUACGGAUUACUUCUUCACCUUGGACGACCUGACUCAUUGGAAAAAGGUGUUGUCGUCAGCGGGUCUACACGCUGCAGGCACCACACGCUCUGCGCGGACCUCGGAACUUUCACAAGUCCAAAAACGUCGUGUGUCCUACGGACUGCCCUCAGUCUCAAUCAAAGAUGAGAACAGUAUCAGCACAACACCCAAUGUGGACACGCUUACCCAUGCGCCUGCACAUGUACAGGAUCAAUUUAUGGCCCAAGACCUCGAGAAAGCGGCAUCGCACGUUAGUGUAGAAUUUGCUGGCCAAGCAGAGCCAUCCGAGAUGGCCAAGGCAACCGCCCAAUCGCAAGAUGCGUCACAGCAGUCUUCAGUGGAAUCCUGGCUAGAGCAAACAGCACACGCCCGAGCCCCGUCUCCAGAGCUCGGAACGCCAGGCAUCGAUCGCUCCGCCGAGCAAUCACCUGACGCCAAUGGCUUGCAACGCCGCAUGUUAACGAAUAAGAGAGGCACGAUCUCUUCAUUGGCAGUGGACCCACCUGCUGCGAAACGGGCCAGGGGCAAUAUGGGUAUGGUCAGGCCCGCGUCCGCUUCCAUACAGGAACAGGUACAGCCGACGGGAUCGACACCACGGCUGUCAGUGGCAUCCGCCUUGGACGGUGCGCCCUCGACUGCCCCACCCCGAGAUCCAUACGUCCCGCCACGAUCCACGCCGAAGCGCAAGUCCUUGCCCGCAUCGUUUGGCAUCACGAAGAGCUUACCACCAUCGAGCACUGCGCCGGCUGUUGUUGCUCGUGCUACCGUCUCAAGGAGCUCUCGUCCACCAGACGGCUCACCUGCCUCGAGUCCAGCCCUUGAUCCUGCCUUGAAGGGCUUCAUCACAGAUUCAAACGCGGCUGGUCCUUCGCGAUCGUUUGUCAGGCCUCAGUCGAGACGAACGAGCACUUUUAAUCCAUUCAUUAAGCCUCCACCUAAGCCACGGAUCGUGUCAAGUCCCUCGUCGAAGGGCAAGGAGCCUGAGAUCCCACCAUCAUCUGCUACAUCGCGACCUCCUCCUUUGGCGAAGAAAACCUCGUCAACUUCCUUAUCCUCUGACAAGAAGAAGCUGAAUCCCGACUGGUGGAGAAAGGAGGAUACGCCGUACCAGAGGUUUGCCUCAAACUGGAUGAGUUCUGGGGGAUGA